AGUGGUGGGUGGGGCGGCUGAAUUGGACGAAGAGGAAGAGGGAUCAGUGAAGAUUCCAUAAUAAUGAUCUGAAUUGAAACAUUAUUUUUGGUUCUUCUCUUUAUUUUCCUUAUCUUGCUAAAAAUUUUUGGAUUAAAUUUGCACCAAUUCAUGUAGUAAAGAGAAAGUUCAAUCUGCGUCCAUAAGCAAGUGGAUUUGGAGAGUUGUUGCGCCAGAACCGGCUGACUGAAUCGCACCUGUCAAAAAUGGAGGCGGUAACCACAGACUUGCAGGCGAAAUAUCAAAAAUUGGCCGCAGAAUACGCCAAGAUUAGAGCGCAAGUCGGUGUGCUGAAAAAAGCAGUUUUACAAGAGCAAUCGAACACAGCAAAGUUGCAGGAUGAUCUAAAAGAAAAAGACCAGAUGAUAAGGAAGACUGACCAGGAGAUGGAAAGUCUUAAUUUCCGAAACCAGCAACUCACUAAAAGAGUUUCCGUUCUUCAAGAUGAGCUUGAAAUUUUGCAGAAUAGAGGCAAAAAGAAUAAGAAGUCAGGGCAACCCUCUGAGAGUUCACAGCAGAUGAACUCUGUUUUAGAUGAAGAGUUGCAAAAUAAAAUUGCUCAAAACGCAAGGUUAAUGUUGAUGCUGCAAGAAAAGGAAGAUGACCAUGCUCGCUUAACACAGCAAUUAAUGGAGCGUGUCCAAACUCUAGAGAGAGAAGUUCAUCAGUUCCAGCAAGCGUCCUCGGAUGUCGAAUCAAAAUAUAAGUCAAAACUAGAGGAGCUGCAGAAAGAGCGAAUUCGAUUGCAAGAAAAAGUGAGUUUUCGGGAGAGGGACGUCCAGCAGUACAGCGCCCAACUUGCAGCUCUGCAAAUUCAACAGGAACGUCUGCAGACUGACCUUGGUUCUAAAUUAAAAUCAGCAUCGCAGAUUAUCAACACAAAGCUGCCUUUUGUUGAUUCAAGAAAAUGUGAAUUAAAUGAGCUAAACGUCCCUAUUUUUGACCGAGAGCUGCAGAGUUGGUGCUUCGAAUUAAUUACCAAUGUCGGCUCUCGCAUCACCGAGUUAACAAACCAGCUGUCCGACUACCAUACUUAUGUCGAGCAAAGGUUGAAAUCAUCCGACAGUGCACUCAGUCCAGUGGGAGCAAAGUAUUCUUCUUAUUUGAAAGAAAACGCCCGGCAUUUGAGAGCAAUCGACCAAGGUUACAAAGACUUCCACAACGGACUGGACUCCAGCUCGAUAAUUUCUCUCCAAACCAUUCCCUCUCUCAGUUGUUUAGCCAAAUCAGUGGAGCAGUAUUCCAAUUACUUGCAGAAACUCGUGCCAUACACCAGACUCUCACUUGAAGAGGAAAAUAACUCCCCGUACUGCGGAAAAGCCUUGGAAAGUGCAAACAACAGUCUUGCCGAUAAGACGGAGAGACUUACUCACACAUUCAUCCGCAUCAACAACUAUCUCCACAUUUUGAGUCUACAGAGCAAAAGGAACAAGCAGCAGUCCAGCAGCAACCUCAAGGCAGCCGUCUCCAUGCUAAUUGACAAUCUCGGUGUUCUGCAUGCCAAUGUUGCCGAGAUUUUUACGGUUUUUGAAGAGAAGACAAGAUUGGAAAGUGAGAUGCCCAUAAACUGUGAAAAACUAACCUUGACCAACACUUGCAUUGUCAACGCCCUGGUUUGUCUGGUCAGCACCACCAAAGAACUGCAUUCCGUGCUUUUGGAGAACAAAUCCAAAAUUCUCCAGUCAAUUGAAACGCAAACCAAAAAUUGCUCAAAUAAAAGCCAUCCAGCCGUGAGUGACUUCAAGUCAAGAGCGUCUUCGUAUUUGAAAAUGUUGGACGAGGACGAACCGCCGAGUGUCCCUUACAAGGAAGCCUUGAAACACCGAGAGGAGUCGGUUGGUGGAGCAAAAAGCCGGGAAGUGCUUGGAGAACAACUUGUAAGUGCUCAGAGAAAAGCCAUGCAGCUUGAACAGGACAAGGAGCACUGGAAACAAGAAUAUCAGUUGCUGCAGAUGAAACACAUCAAAGAGCAGCAACGCUCGAAAGAGUUGGAGUUACAGCUCUCUUUGUCUGGCACCACCACUCCUCAGAGUGAGGAUUCCGGUGAUGCUGCAAAAAUACUUGCGGAGGUCCAGGAUGCAAAUAAUGAUACUGCUAGUCAAGCCUCUGGAAACUCUGGACAACCUUUCUCAUUUGUUGGCAUGCUUGGCCAAGUGAUGUCUCCAAUUCCUGUGACUGAAGAAAUUGAGGCUCGAGAAUCUGAAGUUAAAAAAUAUUUUACCGAUAGAAUCAACCAGUUGGUAGCUGAUAGGCAACUAGCGGAAGGAAAGGCUGCAUCCUCUAAAGCAGAGUGCAUGUCUCUUCAUGAACGGUUACAGGUUGCUGUGGAGCAACGCAAUUUAAUGGAGCAGCAGAUGAAUGCUGCUAAAAUGUGUUUAGACAAACUCCAAGAGGAGCUGCACACAACAACCACGAAUUACGAGUCGCAGCUGAGCAUGAUGUCCGAGCAUCUUGCCAAUAUGAAUGAGAAGUUAGCAGUCCAGAAGGAUGAAAUCGAUCAGCUGAAGUUCCAGUUCAAGAACAAAGGAAAGAAAUAGUACAUUCCAUGACUUCCAUUGCAUUAAAAUAUAUGUGGUUGUUCAGAUUUUUAAUUUUGCAAAUUUAAUUCCAUUUACCAAAUUCAGAAUUUAGGCGAUGUCAGUACAUUAUUACUUACAUAUUGAUUGAUUAAAAUAAUAAUUGAAUUAAUUUGUAACAAUGUGUUAUUCCAACAAAUAUAUACAACCGAGUAGUAACCUCAUAAUAUAUCACUUGUUAAUAAUUCAAAUAUUU